ACAUCUGCGUCUGGACUGCGUUUAAAGAAAAAUAUGUACGUAUUGUACACUCCCAUGACUUAUCGUUUAUCCACGCACGAGCAGGUGAGUGUGACUGGGUCAGUUACGAGUUCAGUCAUGCUGCGCUUCUUCCUUUUUUCCACGAAGAAUAAUGAGUGGACAGUAGCAGCUGCAGGCUACUUCUAUAUAAGUAGGUGUUCGCUGCAAAGUAAGCACAAGCAAAGCCAAUGGCGCUCAGUACUAGCUAGCUAGCUCCUGUCCGACCGAAAGAAAAGAAGAAGCUCGAGUUCCGGUGGUGUGGAUCAGAUCAUAGCAAGGCUUGCUUCUGCCACCUCUAGACCUUUAGCUAGCAUCAUAUUGGCCGAUGGGUUCAAACACCGCUGACAGCGUCGACCGCUUCGAUGUCCAUGGGCUGAAGCAUAUCACGGACCUCAACGGGAUUGACCGGUAUGUUCUACUACCUCAAUCCUGAUUUAUUAGUCGCCUCGGUCACGUUUUGACCAUUAUUUUAACUAAUAAAAUAUAGGUUAUAUAUAACAAAGGUAAUAUUAUCAAAAUCUAUGCCGAAAUAUGAAUCCAACGUUAUAAUUUUCGUAAUAUGCAUUAACAUUUUUAGUUAAUCAAUGAUCAAAAUUUGGCACAAAAUGCGCAGGGGCGAUAGACCAGGGAAGGGUAGUAUGCGUGGCGCAAGCUCUUGAGUAUGUACUAUAUGUAUAUGUGGCCGCGCCAGUCAUAUGUAGGCUCAUUUCUCUAUGUAUCAAUGUCACAGGGGCAACGAGGAGCACCGCCGCUGCAUCGUCGCCUGCAUGGUCAAAGCUGCUUACGUCCUCGAGAGCGACAGAGCGACGAUGGACAGGACGGAGGAGCUCGCGCCGGCGUGGUGGGAGAGCUUUGGCUUCCACCUCGAGAAUGAACUCAGAGAGCAGAAGUCCCCCAUCUUCGAAACCAUCUAUGGUGCCAUCUUCAAGUACGUGCCCUGCCCCCGCGCACCCCCCCACCCGCGUGCUCCACGGUAUGUCGUCGCCUUCAGGGGCACCAUGUGUAAGCACCGCGAGUGGUCGGUGGCGACACAAGACCUCUACCUUGACUUCAAAAUACUGACCAACAAACUGAAGAAACGCACGCGCUCCAAGCUGGCGUGCGGGGCGGUCGACAAACUUAUGGAUGACGAAGCCGGCCUAGGAAGCGCCGAUGUCUGGCUCGCCGGGCACUCCCUCGGCGCAUCGCUGGCACUGGACGUGGGGCGGGACAUGAUGGAGAGGCGGGAGCUGAACCUCCCGACCUUCCUCUUCAACCCGCCGCAGGUGUCGCUGACAGCGGCCAUGAACUUGCUGAACGCGCAGGACGUGGCCAAGAGGCACCUGCACUUCACGAGUUACUUCUUCAAGGCCGGUGCGGCGACGGUCUCGGGUUGCCACAGGGAGCGCAUGGACAAGCUGUUCGACCGGUUUUCCCCAUGGGUGCCGAAUCUGUACCUGCACGAGAAGGACUGGAUCUGCCAGGGCUUCAUCGACUACUUCGAGCUGCGGCAGCAGUUCAUGGACCGCUUUCGCUGUGUUGGAAGCAAGUCCAUGACACUGUCGUACCGUGACAUGCUCUGGAGCCUGCUUGGCAAGGACAAGGAGCGGCCGCAUCUCCUGCCAUCGGCGAUGCUGUGGAAGACCGCGCAAACCAGCCUCGAUGCGCACGGGCUCCAGCAGUGGUGGAAACCGAGUGGCGAGCUCGGCUUGGGCGCCGGCACGCGUUAUAGCUACCCUGUACCUCAAGCAUAAACUACUUCUAGUUCUAUAUAUGCCGGCAAGCUGUCAAGUGCAGUUUAUCAUCGGAACGUUUUCUUGUAAAAUCACGAGAAAAUAGUUAUACUAAAUUCCUACGUACCAAUUUAGCUAUAGUGAGUUGUAAAAUUUGUGCUAGAACAAUUGCAAAUGACAAUCAACAGUCGCUUUAUUAUGAUGAUUUCCACGUAUAUAUCCCAUGAGGGGAUGCGUCCACUGGAUGCGUUGGUUUGAUAGAGGCCGUGGGGGUGCUGUACCGAUUUUGUCCAUCCAACAAUUGCAAAUGACAAUCAACAAGGGGGGCCACAUGGUUAGAGGAGACAUUCCUGUCGACGAUGUGCGUUGAGUUAGAGGAGACAUUCCUGUAGACUAUGAAGGCGUCCGCGGCUACUUCGUCAAUCUCAAGAUGAUGUACCGACUCAGUCUCUCGGAGAUGCUCAUCGGGAUAGGGUGUGCGUACGUGCUUUUAUAGGAUGAUUGUAUGUGUUUGUUGUAUGAGCAUCUGCAUUUGUACUAUGAUAAACAAAUGGUAAUGAAAUGAUUAAAU